CAAUACCAUUAUAUUCUAACGUAUUUUGACAUUAGUUAAUCGGAUAUCACAUUAAAAGAUUUUAAUGGAUACGUUUCCAAAACAUGAUAUGUAUCCUUUAAAUAUAUUUAAAAAGUAAAAGAUUGUACAACGAAAAUUUAUUCAAAAAGGGAAAAAAGCGGCAUUAUCAAAUGGCUUAUUUUUAUGCUUUGAGUUUAAAUAUAUAGUUUAUAGACAUUAAAUAUAAGGAAGAAGAAAAAGAGAUACUUAUAAUCUUUAAUCAUGAUGGCCAAGAAAAUUGAAUGCGGCUAUAAGGUAUGGACUUUCAAAAUCUUCUAUUUUUUAUCUUUUUGAUUAACUGUUCUUGAUUGAACACCUGUGUUUUCUAAAAACUAAAAAUAAAAGUCCUAAAUAAAUAUGAAAGGCUCGAAAUUUUCAAUAAAAACAUGAAAUUCAUUAUCGAUGUUUGUAUUCAGAAAUUGUUAUUUAAUAAUAUUAAAUGCAACAUUAUUAAGGAACCACAAAUGAGCAAAAUAUGACCAACCUGUCCCUCAAAUAAAAAAAUACAUAUGCACAUAGGUAUUUUGCAUGUAUGAAAAUAAUAAAUUUAAGUACAAGAAAAAUUAUUAUUGCUUUAAAAAAAACAGCAUUUUCUUAUAAACUAACGUCAUACUUUAAAAGGGUUCUAUUGGAUGAAAUUUCAACAUUGUCGAAAUAAGCACUUUAAAAUGCAUGCCUGUAUAACAUACAAUAAAUAAACAUUUUGCAAUUGAAACUACAAAUGGAACUCUUGUUUAUUGAGAACUCUAUCUAUAUACAAGUUUCAUAUAGGUUCACUGUGCUUUAGGUGACAGUAGUUGGUGUCUUUUAGCGAUGAAGUGUUGUUCAAGUUUUCCAGUCCAAAAACAAUUAACGAGUAAAUAUCUGGCUUGCACAAUGCACAUAUGCCUUUUAAAUAGUUAUCUGUGUCAGUUUCGUUACAAUCUAUCAAACCAAAAACACUUUGUUAGUUCUGAGAUCAGUUAAGUCUUAGAUGUAUCUACCUAUUAAUUUUAGCUGAAUAAAUGUUUAACCUUAAACGUACAAGUAUCUGUAAACUGUACUCAACAUCUAUAUUUUAGUAUACAUUUAACACUAUUUGUACCUCUAAAAAAUUGAAAUUGUAUCGAUGGAUAAGCGGAGGAGUAGUGAAGAAAUUAUAGCAGAAGCAACAGCCGCAUAGAAUCAAGCACACUGCUGCUGGUUUGUUUGGAAUUGUUGUGUCAUGCCACGCCACCCUUGCACAAUGUAAAUUCGUUCCAAGAUUCAGUCUUCUACCAAAACGUCUGCCGUUCAGUUCUCUAACACACUUCGUCGGUGCUGAUGCGAUAAAAAGAAAUUCAUCUCAUAGCAAACGUUUUGAGUUCUUCUUAUAGUAUUAUUUUUUUUCUGGUUUUUGUUGAUGAAUUCGUUAGGCCGUGUCGGUCGUGGAGUUACUAAAAAUAAUAUUAUCACUAUUUGGUGGGCUAUUUUUAUAGCUUUUCUUUAUGAAAUUGUGAAACUAGUUUGGGCUUUUAAAUAGUUCUUUAUAAGUUAUAUCACAUAAAUUAUGGGAAAAAUAUAAUAAAAACAAAAUGAGUAAAAAAAUGUGGAAUCGUAUUUUCAAAACAAAGUCAGCAAACAAACCUCCAGGAAUUUCUAAAAUAUUGUCAAUACAAACAACGCCCUCCUACUCUUCGACAGUGGAAAACCGCUUAAGUUAUUAUGAGGAAUUUCAUAAUAGUUGCCAGCAGCAACAACUGCCGGUAAAGGAAAAAACAUCUUACAGUCCAAAGACUACUUCGCAAAGUAGUUCCAACAAGUCACAGUCAAAGUUUUCUAAAGUUGUUAAUACUUUCACACUUAAGCGGAAUUCCAAAGAGAAUCAGAAUAGCAAUAAACUUAAUACAAGUUCAAUAGCUGGAGAAUCAAACGAACAAAAUGGCAAUAAUUUUUCAACUGAGGAAACUGCAGCCAGUGCUCCGAUUAUGGAUAAGAUCGGUACACCUACAACUAUCACCAUAUUGAAGCCACCAGACGGCACAAUUGAGCCCAACGAAGAACCUAUCAGCCUCGAGCUUAUUCCAUGUCCAACAUGCAAUCGCACCUUUAUACGUCAAACCCUCGAAAAACACAUUGGAAUCUGUGAAAAAAUGGCGAUCAAAAAACGAAAAAUUUUUGAUUCAUCACGUCAACGAAGAGAGGGAACAGAACUUGCGUCAUAUCCUCUGCCCAAGAACUAUGGCCUCCCAGCAGUUAAACAAGAAAGAGGAAUUUCGCCCAAACCUAUACAGGCGGCUCCAUUAGUUCUUUCUCCAAAGAAACGACCCGAAGAAUCCAAUACCAUGUCAACGAGUAAUAAAUGCAUCACUUCAAUUGGCUCAAAGAAACUCGCGAGCCCUUCGAAGACACCAACAAGCUUAUUUGGAAAUUCAUCGGCUAAUAUCACUGUUGCAGGAAGAGAACGUUCCAGGACUGUUGGUGUCACAAAGAGAAUACUUCAACCUCAGGCUGAACCUUGUCCAUACUGUGAACGUUGCUUUGGUGUAAAGGCAUACGAUCGUCACGUUGAGUGGUGUAAAGAAAAAGCACUAAUUGCAUCAAUUAAACAACAAAAUACCAAUUCUCAAACAGCAGCAAAAGAGCGCCUAGAAGCGAGAAUAAAAUAUAGAGCACCAUGUCUUAAAACGAAACGGUCAUUAAAUAGAGACAAAUAUUCAUACCAAACCGAUGAGAACUUUGAAUUGCAUAGCUCAAUGGACGAGAACAAUCAAAAACCACUUAUGACAUCUUCAAUGACAUCAUCGAUUAUGAGUGAUAGCGUCGUAUCGGAUAAUUACGAUCCGUUUAUUUCCGCUAAACGACAACUAGAAGAACUUUGCUCUCCAUCGUCGUCAACGGAUGGAAAUAUUUUUCCAUCUAAUUCAGUAGCUUUAACCAAAACUCCAAAAUUACCUUUGUGUAGCACAUCGAAUAAAAUGACGACCUCUUUCACGUCUCGGGGUUCCCUUACGAAUCCGAGAACCGCUGUAACAACUCCAAAAUCUAAUUUUCAUAGAACGUCGUCUCUUCGCGCACCACGAAGAUCACCACUUCCAAUGUCUUCGAGACCCAUUUUUCUCUCAUCAUCCCAAAAACAACGUCCAACUAUUCAACGUGGCCUUUCGGAUGAAGGACCAAUUUCAUCCAAUUUCCUCAAACCUGAGGAAUACGAUGAAAUGCCAGUACGCGCAGUUUGUGUAAAUGAUUUUGCUAUUUCAAAUACACCUAGAGUUAUUCGUCGUGAUUCAAGUGCUGCUUCUAAUCGCAAAACUCAAGGGUUAAAAUUGCCAAAUGCUGGACAAAGAAGCAAAAAUGAUUCACCAACACUAUCACAAAGUAAUCUCUUAAAAACAGACUCCCUAGCGGUAUUUUUAAAGUACGAAAAUGAAGCCAGGGAAAGUAACAGUUCAGUAGUAAAUACCAAGGAACUCAAAGACAAAAGCAAUGCAUUGAGCAAGCAGAAUUCUUCGAAAAGCGUUAUUUCAACAGAUGACCAACCCUUAGUGAAUCCAAAGUCUGACAUUUCCCAAACAACUGAUAAUUCAGUUAUGAGUAAUGCAAAACGUAAAAGUUUAAGGUUAGAACCUAUUGUAAGACCUGUUGCAGAUUCACAAAAUCUGGCUUACUCUGUUAGACAAUUCCCGCCAACAGUGGAUUCAGAAAACACAUCUUGGUCAGCCAUUAAACUAAAUUCAAUUUUUGAUAGAACAACUGAUAGUGAUUAUAUCGAUCCAAAGCUGAUCAAUGUAUGUGAUAAUCUUCCAAUGGAACUGGGCAACGAUUUAGCAUCGAACUCAUCAUCGUCACCACCGUAUACUGUUUCCGAUCUUCAUAAUUGUGAUGCUAAACAAAUUGGUCGGUAUGAAAAUACUUGUCAAUUAUUAUAUUCAGACUCAAGUCCGAAAAAACUUCCAAUCCAAAAAGAUUUGUUAGCUGAAAUGCCUUCAAAUACAACAUCGAUCACUAAAAGUUGUACAAAUAGCAAUCGUAGUUCUGGUUGUGAUAAUCGUAAUCUAUUAAAACGAAAAAUACGUUUGGGUCGAAACCAAUUCCUUUACGAUGCCUCACCAGAAGCUCUUGAUAAUGAUGCUGAUGAUGAGGGUACCAACAGAUCUUCUUGUGACCAGGACAGACGAAAGCCACUGGAACAAAUAUCAUUUUAUCCUACAGUAAGACAUGAUACAGACACCACACCAAAUAUUCCACCAUUCUCACCUUCGACCUUUAAUGAAUUUGAUUUCGAGGAAUUUCUAUCGGCCUUUGAUAACGAUGAUGAGCAAUUUCCAUCAUUAUUUAAAGAUUGUCGGGAAUUUUUAAUGAAUCGUUCAACACUAAAUAAACGUUCUAAUGUCGAUAGUCUUUCAUCUUGCAGAUCGCCAAAAGAGAUACUUGUUAACACUACUCAGAAAUAUGAACAAGACAUGCAGCUGAAUCUUGACAGUGAUGAAAACAAGAAUCGUGGUGAGAUUUUUAUAAGUAUUGAAACUGAUCAAAAUGAAAAUGAUCCACAUCCAAAAAAUGAUCCUCUUGUUGCUGCAAAUCCAAGAGCGGAAGUUGAGGAGGUAAAAAUUAAUGACAACAGAUUUCAAAAAAUCGAAGACAAUGAAACUGAAGGUGAAAAUUCUGGCCGUGUUGAAGACGAUGAAAGUGAUAAUCAACUGAGAAUGCGACGGAUAAAUUUGCUGAAUGAUUUUCCAAAUGUUAGACUAAACAAUGCGAAAAAUCUAAUACAGCAAAUGCAUGAGGAUUUUCAAAAUCUGCAUACAGCAACAACCGUUGGUGUUGGAGAAAAUUUAAAUUUUCAGAGUUUGAAGCAGAUCACUGAAAGCUCAAGCCAUCCUGUUGAUUCAGAUGAAAUCAACAAUAUUGAAGGUUAUCCAGAGCUCAGAGGUGGCAAUGGAGGAGAAAGCAGUGGUGCAGUUCAAUCCAAGCAAAGUGCCGAUUCAGCUUAUGGAAGCCUCUCUCGCCAAAGUCCAAGCACUGAUAUUAACACAAAUCAUCGUAGUAAUUUGUCAAAGCGCAAUAAGCCAACAUCAGCACCACCAGAUUCACCAAAAACGGGACAGCAUGUCUCCCAAUGUUCCACAUUAACGUCGCAAAAAUAUUCAAACUCGAGCAAGAAUGUUGUUCAAAAGUAUCGGAGUCGAAACUUAAGUUUAGGGAGUUCAAGCAGUAGUUCUGAUAACUCCUUGCCACCAAUCAGUACUAAAAACCUAAGUAGUGCUCUUAAAGAACAUCAAACCCACAUUCAGGGGUGCAAGCGCGCUUUCCUUCGAAACCCUUUAUCUUCAUCGCCUGCGGAAACGAAAAAUAAUUCUACUAAAAGCCCAGGUUCUAUAAGCGAUAGCAGCUGUUCCAACAAUUUGAGUUCUCUAUUAACACUUGGAUCGUCUAACGUAAAGGUCUCAAAAUUUUGUCAUGAAUGUGGGAGCAAAUUUUUACUGGAUCAAGCCAAGUUCUGUAUGGAUUGUGGGGUUAGAAGAAUAGUCUUGAAAUGAAAAUAUUUUCAGCUCCAUUAAAUUGAAUACAUAACUCUGUAGAAUUUUUAACAAUUAGAAGUUGAUAGUAGACACCACGAAAAAAUAAUAUGAAAUGCUGUGAGAAAAAAGGUGGAAAAUAACAAACAGUGCUAUUUAUGGAUGGAAUAUUUAAAAUAAAAUUAUAAGUGCAUUUAAAGAAAUGUUUAAAAAAAAAAAAAAUAACAAAGAAUUAUCUUGUAUUUAAAAUUAAUUGUACCUACAUAUGUUUUUACAUUCAUCUUUAAUAUUUAUAUAAGCAUUCACCCAAAAAUAUAAAGCAUGAACAUGCAUAUAUUUUGUAUACAAAAAAUAAAGAAUAUUAAACUCAAGCACAAAUCAGCUUCUUUGCACAACAAAGCAGUGUUUAUUUUUCUCGUCGUAAUAAAAAGAAUAAUACCGUUUUCGUUGGUUACUGGCGUUUUUAAUUGGCAAUCUGGAAGGAAAAAAAAGCAAUCUGAAAGCGUUCAAUUGGGCAAAACUGACAGUUCUAAUUCUGAAUAAAAGAGAAUUUAGGCUUAACUACAUUGGCUCAAAAAGUGAAAAAGUACAAAAGUGAAAAUUUUGAAACUUAUUUUUGUAUAGUUUUUCGGGCUAAAAAAUUAAAACAAAUGAUGCAGAAAGCUUAUUUUUUGGUUUAAAAAACAAUUUGUAUACUCUUUUUCACAAAAAAAUUGCGCUAGCCAGAAAAAAAAUAUUUUCACUUUUGUACUUUUUCAAAAAGUGGUGUAUGUAGUUAAGCCUUUUCUCUUCUGGUUUCAAAAACAGAAUCAGAAGCAGAAUCACUCACACAUUUAUAGAGCAGCACAAAAUGUUUGCAGCAUAAAAACAAAUGAAAUUUGGCGCGAACUUUGUAUAUAAAAUCUAUAGUACUAUCAUGAAAAAAAACAGCGCCAUCAAAAAAGUAGCUAGCGAACGAACUAAAAACUAUGUCAAAUUUCAAACAGAAAUGUAUAUCUCAUCUCUUUACUCCCAUUAUUGAAUUCGAUCUAAGCGCCCUCGCGACCACUCAGGUAGCGAACAAACUAAAAAAAUUCACUUCAUGAUAGUACUAUAGAUUUUAUAUACAAACUCAACUAAUACAUUCACACCAAACAUCAGAUUCUUCGGAAUAAAAAAUAAAAAAAAACUGUUCAAUUGGGAUUCCGAAUCGAAGAACAAUUCCGGAUUGCCAAUUAAAAACGCCAUAAUUUUAGUUCUUUAUUGGGUGCGUUCACGUACGCACAGAUACACUAUCCAAGAUACUUAAGUAUCCCCUGAGUUUGUCAACACGAA